AGUUGCCGGAGAAGAUCAGACCAGUUAACAUCGCGUAAAGCCAUCAGAGAAAUUCGUAAAGAAGAAGUGAAAUUCGCUUGCAAAAAUGUUCAAACUAAUCUUAACUGCGGCUAUCACCAUGACUUUGUUGGAAAAUAUUCAAGCUCAAAGACCAGCUUUUUCGGGUUUGAGACCACCAGGUGGACUGAGUCAAAAGGACAAGUACCAUGCCACUCAGAACACAGCUGUGGAGAAUAUUACCGGCGUGGAUAUAGCUACGAGAUUUGGAGAGUCAUCCAGUUCGCAAAGGCCUGCUCUUAUAGAUCUACCCUUUGGGGCGUCCCAGAGACCGCCCGUUGGAGUUCCCGUAGUGCUGCCAAUAAGCAACUCCGAUCCGGAGCAGGUUCCAGCUGUUGCCAACCGAUUCGGAGCACCUGAUUCCCAAAAUGCAUCUACUACUACUACUACUUCCACCACCGCCAGCACCGCAGCCCCAGUGGCCCCAGUUUUUAACCAACUUCCCGUCGAUGCCCACGGAGACCGAGAGUGGGUUAACUACUUGAGUCAGCUGCCGGUGGAAAACCAGCCCUUCUGGUUCAUAAACUACCAGGCCAUCGAAGCCCAUCGGAACAGCUCCAGGCCUAAUGUGGGUGCUCUGGAAACACCGGGAUCUUUCUUCCGCGGAUAGCAGCUUCAAUUGGAAUUUACAAAAAUCUACGCUUAGACUACUCUUUAAAAAUAUUUUCGAAUUUUAAUAUAGAAUUAUUUAUUU